UUGAACUUGUCAGGUCACCGCCGUGCAUGUUGGUUUGUGUUCAGUCACUAAAUGGGCCGACGGAACAAAGUGAGCUGGCAGGAUUUCAUCAUGUGUGCAGGUUGUCACGCUACACAUCCCGUUUGGUCGGAACAUGCUGUACACGCCCCAGGACGUCACUUCUUCUGAACACACGCUGGAGAAUGGACGAUCAGCAACAACCGCCUCUGUUCACGUUCGGUGUGAUCGCUGAUAUCCAGUACGCGGACAUCGACGACGGCUACAACUUCACCCGGUCGAGGCGGCGCUACUACCGCAGCAGCCUCCAGCUGCUGAGGAACGCCCAGCAGAGUUGGUCGGACUCGGCCGUGGCGCCGCGGUUCGUCCUCCAGCUCGGGGACAUCAUCGACGGCUUCAACAAGGGCCGCGGCGCCUCGGACCGGGCGCUGGACACGGUGCUGAGGGCGUUCGGCUCCGGCCCCCUGGAGGUACACCAUGUGUGGGGCAACCACGAGUUUUAUAACUUCAGCAGGAGGGCGCUGCUGAGCUCCAGGCUCAACACGACCCCCCCCGACACUGACGCCGAGGAGCCGGCGGGCAGCCUGAGCGCGGAUCGGGCUGCUCCCGAUAUCUACGCCUACCGAUUCAGCCCGCUCCCCGGCUUCACCUUCGUCGUGCUGGACGCCUACGACGUGAGCCUGCUGGGCAGAGAGGAGUCCAGUGAGGAGUACAGGGGAGCGAGGGAUGUGAUCAGACAGCACAACAACAACGAGGACCUGAACUGCCCCCCAGUGGUGGAGGGCCUAGAGAGGAGAUUUACCAUGUUCAACGGUGGCUUCAGUAAGGACCAGCUGGACUGGCUAGAGUCUGUGCUGUCGUCGGCUGAUGAGAAGAAGGAGAGAGUCACUAUUAUCAGUCACCUCCCUGUCCACCCCCAAUCCACAGAUCCCAUCUGCCUCGCAUGGAACUUCGACAAGGUCUUGGACAUCAUAAAGUCCCACAGCAGUGUGGUGUGUUUCAUGGCGGGCCACGACCACGACGGCGGAUACUGCCAGGACAAAGACACUGGCGUGCACUACCUGACGUUGGAGGGGGUGAUUGAGACUCCGCCUGACAGCGACGCCUUUGGCACGGUGUCCGUGUACGAGGACAGGAUGGUGCUGAAAGGGAGCGGGAGGAUCGCAGAUCGAGUGUUUCUGUUUCAAUGAAGCUGAAUAAACACAGAUCAUAGAUGACAUGAUCAUAUCCCAUCUCACAGCAGAGGCCUUUGACUUAAAGUCGUAUAACUUUGCACCCUUCUAGUUUUAUUUAAAGGCAUUGGUGGAGAAGUAUGGACAAUUACUGUUUCACAAAACAUAGUCACUCGUCUGUGUUUUGUAGGCACAUGCUGUCAUAAGCACUUACCUGAUCAGAACAGAUCAACAACUGCAGUACCUCAAAUAUUUUAUUGAAUUGAGUUUUGAUUUAAAUUGACUAUGAAAUGUAUCCAGACAAUGGUUGCUUUAUGGGAUUUCGCAUUAAAUGCAUAUUUAUAUAUUUUGAGAGGGAGCUGUUUUUUCUUAAGGAAUUGCUGUUUCUUUUUUUAAACUUGUUUGCUUCUUGCACACAACUGAUUGUCUUACAUUCUACUUUUAGUGUGGUGAGAAUUUUACAAGUGCAUUGUAUUAACUGACAAAUAUGGAUGCCCAGUUAUGAGGUGAUGAGAUCAGCCUUAGAUGAGUGCAAAUUUUUUUUGUGUACAAUGUAAAACAAUCAGUUCAAAGAAUAAAAAGAAAGAAAAGAAAACUUCA